AUGUUACUGACGGGCGUUAUGAUCUUUUUGAUGUCACAAUGGAUCCUGGGAAAUGAAGGAAUAGAAGUAGGCGAGGCUGUUAUUCCAGGAAAGCCAGAUGGAUGUAACAAGGAAGAAAACCCGCCAGGAAUCCUCUUUCAGAAAGAGAACAACACGUGUGGAAUAAAAAAGGCAGCGGACUUACCUUCGGCAGAUGUCCAAAUAGAAACACAAACUAUAGUCAAGGAGAUUGUUGUAGAGGUUGAAGGGCCUAAUGAGGAUGCUCAAGUCCAGCCUAUAGCUCAUUACGAAGGCCAAGAAAAGAUAAGUGACGGGCUAACAGAUCUUCCCUGCAAAGACAAUAGUAGAUUUAUUGGAGUGGAAAAGUGUUACAUUCUGAUAAAGGAUGCUCAUGACGGAGACUUGUCAAGAGUGAUGUCUCUUGUGGAGAAUCUGAAUGGAAAGGUCAAGAGGCAGUACACUAAGAAUGCCACAGGCAUGUCGUUCUGUUCAAGCAAUGAAGAUGUGUUAGCAAGGGCUAGUGAAGUAGGAAUGCGUGUAGAAGAAGACAAGAUUUAUGGUGUAUCUGCAUUUCAAAACAACAUCCCGAACUACAUGUAUUUGAUGAAGCAUUACGAGAAUAUUCUUUUCAACAACUACUUCUAUGACAACUGGUUUUUCCGGGUACUUCAGGUCAAGAAAAUGAUAGUAAGGUUUCUUGGGUUCUAUGAAUACUAUCACACCGGAAAGGGGGUAAGCAUCUUUCUUUUAGACACAACGGCCAAGCCUAUGAAUAAUGUUUGUAACCUUAGCGGGAGCCUUGAAUCAUGCAAUAUACAUGGAGACAUGAUGGCCGAACUUUUGGUUGGAAAAGCUAACGGAUUUGCCAAGGGAAGCCAUUUAAGUGUCCUUGAUGUGGUUGGGUGUGAUGGAAAGGUUACUCUCUCUGAGAUGAUUUAUGGAUUGGAAAACCUUGGAGAUGGUAAGGGCCCCGGAAUCCUUGUCUUUGGUGUUUCGGGGCCUUAUUCCGAGGUCUUAAACUCGAUUGUUGAUCGCAUAUCUAGUCGUGGGAUUAUUGUUGUUACUCCAGCCGGAAAUUUCCACGACCAGUCCUGUAAUUACUCUCCUGGAAGUUCGAGGUCAGCCAUAAAUGUUGGAUCUGUGAAUAAGCAUGCAGGAGUGUCCAAAUUCUCAAAUCAUGGAGAUUGUGUAAGGAUAUUUGCAUUAGGAGAAGAGGUUCUUGGAAACAGUAACAUUGUAGGGACAAGCUUGUCGGCUGCAAUAGUUGCAAGCUCCAUUGCCCUUUUCUUAGAAGCAUCUCCAAGGGCUGCAUUUCCCCAGAUCUGGGAAUACCUAAACCAGAAUUCAUUCUGGAACACCAGAGGGUCGUAUAGUGUGCUGAAGAUACCACGCCUAAGAUGUGAAGGCCGUUCGCAACGAUCUAUCUUUAGCUUUGGAGAGGUCCACGGAGAUGUCAUUGCCAUUGGAUUCAUUUUUCUUACCAUAUCUAUUCUAUCAUAUCUGCUGUUUAUUGGAAUACGCUACUUUAGAAGAAGAGGAGAGACCCAGUCGGAGGAUAUCCUGUUUGAUCCUCCAAUAGAUAGGUUCUAG